AUGUCUUUGCGUCAAGAAAAGCACUCGCAGUCUACCUCCGGAGAGGAGCCCAUCCACGAAGUCGUCGACGAGGCCGCCGUCGCCGACGACGACAACAAGCACCUCAACAAGGACGGCCUUGCCGAGAGUGACAGCGAGCGCGAUGAGGCCCACGCUGCCGUCCAGACCAUCGACGCCCGUGGACAGAAGCCGCUGAGUGAGUUCAAACGGUUCGCGAUGAUGACAGCCGCUACCUUUGCUAUGAUCUGUGCCUCUACCUCGUAUGCGUACAACAUCAUCUCCGGUAACAUUCAGAACCAGUACGGGUACAAGUUCCGCGACAUGUCGAACAUCAGCACGGUCGGUAUGGUGUUCUGCUACUUCCUGCUUCCCUAUGGCACGCUGCUAGACCUGUUUGGUCCUCGCAUCAUCUACACGAUUGGCUGCGUGCUGUUCCCUCUUGGUGCACUACUCUUUGGCCUGACGUUCCAGGGCGUCAUCGGCGGCAGCGUGGUGCGCUUUUGCGUGUACAACGCGAUGCUUUCGCUCGGCAGUCAGCUCUUCGACCUUGCGUCUGUGGUGGUGAUGCUGUCGGUGUUCCCGACCCGCAAGGGCUGGGUGAUUGCGUUGCUGAAGACGAUGAUGGGCCUCGGCCAGGCCAUUAUUGCGUGCAUGAAGCAGGGCUUUUUUGCGGAGCACACCGCGAACUACUUCUACUUUUUAAUUGCACUGGUCGUUGUCAUUGGCGUCUUGGUGCAGCUGCUCGUGAAGCUGCCUCCCUACCAUCUGACGAACUGGGAGCUGAAGCACAUGCCUGCGGAAAAGCAGGCGAAGCGUCUCGCCACGCGCGCCGUGUACCUGAAGCAGGAGCCGCCCAUGUGGCGCUUCUACUUUGGUGUCGCCGUCCUCAUCGCGCUGGUCAUCUACUUGCCCAUGACGUCGGCGAUCGGCGCCUUCUGCAAGGACAACAUUAGCAAAAAUGCUGCGCAGACGUUUGCCAUCAUCGCGGUUGUGCUCACCUGCUGCUUGCUGCUGAUGAUGGUGCCGUUCCCAUACCUGGACCGCCUGACGACCAAGAAAACGAAGUCAGUGGACGACGAGGAGAAGGUGGAGGAGGCCGUGGAGACGAUCGAGGAGGGUGUGGUGGUGCCUCACGCCAAGGCCAAGAACAUCGAAACCGACAUUGACUACAUCGCCCCGCAGUACCAGACCACCUUUUUGCAGAGCUGCUGCACGCUGAAGCUGUGGUGCAUUCUGUGGACCAUGUUCUGCGGCGUUGGCGCGGAGUUCGUGAUCAUCUUCAACGCCAAGUACAUCUACGCCGCGUUGAACAAGGUCCCGUCGACUCGACCGUUGCCACGCUGUUGA